AUCCACCUCUAGCUACCCUCCUGUCUGUUCCUCUCUCUCUCCUCUCUACGCAUCCCCUCCCUUUUCUGUGCCCCAAGAUUUAUGACCCAUUCAGUUUGUUUUCAAACCACCUUAUUUAUUUGUCGGUUAUAUCCUUCCCCACACAUACUCUCCUGUUCAUUUUUCUCCUAUUCUCUCUCUCUCUUUUUCUCUUUCCUCCCUCGCUCUCCCCUUUCAUUCAUCCCUGUGACGUCUGAUUCAUCCAGUUCAUCAUCGCUCUCUCCCUCUUUCCUGAGAGGCAGGAUGGGAGGGGACAGAAGGAGAGAGAGAGAGUGGGAACUGCCUGGAGAUUGCCUGAAAAAGAGAGCGGGAGAGAGAGAGAGCAAGUGAUGGGUAGGAGGAGGCAGAGGUUUUUCUCCUCUUUGUUUUGUCUGAUCCGACACGAGCCACAGAACGUGUGGGCUUGACCGAGGACAGGCAUCUCUCCCAUGACGCUUCACCCUCAGCCUUCCCUUCUGUCUGUCUGCCUGCCUGGAGCUGAGGCUGGAGCUGGACUAGCUGUUGGGUAACGGAGAGGCUAGUGGCCCUGAGGAGAUCUGGAGGAGGAAAGGAGGGGCUGAGCUGAGCCAGUGGGCUCGCUCUCUGCCUCACAGACACGUUUUAUUGACUUGCUAAUUGCCUGAGACACUCGGAGGCGAGGAUGCAGUGAGGGAAGGAACCUACUGUACAUAAGAGUGUUACAGCCAAAGGAACAGAGAAACAGUGACUGUGUUCUGCCUAUCUGGCCACCAUCUCUGCUUCUCUUUGCUGGGGGAAUUACAACAGAUGUUUGCAGCCUGCCUUUCAUUGAUCCACGAUACGUACAUAUGUGAUUCAUGCAUGACAUUAGUGUGUCUUUGCCUCGUAUGCAGUCGGAAGGAGACUACCCACCCACCACACGCGUUUGCGACACGUGAAUGAUUUCUAUAUUUAUGUUUUUUCUUGUAUUUACCGUAAAUGUUUUUCCUCUGCUGGGUCAGCUAAAGCGGUUGUUUUCUGUGUUUGCUGUGUUGCCUGCUAUGUCUGGUUUGGCUUUACCACGGUACAUACCCUUUGGUGUCUGUGACGGUGCAAAAUAAAAAUAGAAACAAUUAUUUGUUAACCAGUCAAAUGUAAUGGGAAUAAGAAAAUAUGAAGAUUCUGAAGCGUACAAUGGAUAUUCUUCAAUGGAAAUGAAGAAUUAUCUGAGAAGCUUACAGACUGAAGACUGGCUUGAGGCAGUUCAUCUUGUGUGCUUUUGUGAAGUGGGGAGCUACGUAGUACAGUCUUGGUGGGGAAAUGGACCAGGCUCAUUUGUUGACUCUAUCAUAAUUCCAGACUACCCAGUCUCAAACAUCAAGAUCGUGGAAAGCAAUCUCAGAUCCCUGGCUUUGGGCUGUAGAAUUAAUAUUGCGUAUGGAGAGAGGGAGGGAACAAGAAAGGGAGGAUUGUGAAUGAACCCGUGGAGCAGUCCAGUGGCAGCAGUCUUUACAGAUCAGCAAAGAGGAGGUGAAGAGAGGAUUACAGGAAGGAUUAAAAUAAAAACUAGUCUAGACUUAAUUCAGUAACCUUGUUAAGUAUGCGCCACUAAUUCAAGAUACCUUAGAGUGAUUCUCUGUCUUGCUUGUGCUGACUCUUGAGUUUUCACGUCAUGGGUUCAGAAGCCUGAAGAAGCAAUCCAGCAAGACUCCAACCACCUCUUGACAAAGUUACCCUUCACCCACAUCACACGUAUCCCUACGCCAGGCAGUUUGACAGUACCAUCUGACUGGUGUCUGGCCUGGCUAUUGUCUCCGUGGUGAGGCCUCCGGCUGUGGAUUGCUAUGCCGGUUCCCUGUGGGUCUGUCUGGGUCACAGCAAGGGCGCUGCCACUCCGCUGAGGUUGGUCUGCCUAGCUUCCAGCCUGCCGCCCCCAUGAGCCACGCGGGCACCCUACAGAGACGCACCACCUACCUCAUCUCCCUUACCCUGGUCAAGGUCGAGGCUGUGGGGAGUGAUGGAGUUUCCAUCGGGCCCCAGCCACAACGGACCCUUGCUCUGGGGAGAGCAGGAGUGGAGGGCCCAGAGGAUAAGGAGCUGAGCAGGACCACUGAGGAUGAGGGAGGACAUGCAUGUGCCGAGGUGGAGGUAGAGGGGAACACAGAGAUAGAGGAGCAGGAGGACGUUAGCUUUGGGGGGCCUGUACAGGAGCGGGAGAAGCCUGUGAUGAAGGAGCUAGAGAGUCGUGGUCCAGGCUCCUCAAAAGAUGUCACGUUGGAGACUAAGAGCAAGGAGUCUCCCCUCUUACCGAAGAAUGUGAAAGACCAAGUGAAAGGACUUGCAGGGGUGUCAGAUGUCCCCUCAAUGGGAGGGCUAAGGAGAGAGGGAACCCGCCCUAAAACAGAGCUCUAUCGGGAGCCACCCAUGCUGUUUCCAAGGUGCGAGGAAGGGAUGGGCGACGCAAGCAACACCCUCUCCCGGGGCAUCAUGCCCAUCACCGUACCGCCCAGGCUCACCCAGAGACCAGAGGUCCUGAUGAGGUCACAUGCCGGGGGCGGGGCUGUAAGCCGGCGGGAGUUGAGGGAAGCCAAUCAGGGUAUGCCUCCAUCCGCCAAGAGUCUGGACCGCAAAGACAACCGCAUAGGGGACCGGUCUCCCAUGACAGCUGCUGUGGCCUCUCUGGGACCUUACCGGGCAUCCUGGGCGGACAGUGAUGGCAGGUCUACCCUCCUUCGCCAGGGAGCCCCCGUAGGGGGAAGGUUUACGGACGUGGUGACCAGGGAAAGCCCCAGAGGGGACAGGCUGAAGACAGGCUCAACGUCCCUGCCAGCCCAACCCACCCCUCAGAUAUCCAAACCGCCGAGGAAGGGCAAGAGCCGCACUCUGGACAACAGUGACCUGCACUCCCUCUCUGAGGACCUGAAGAAGGGGAAGGACAGCCAGAGUCAGGGGGGGACCACCCAGCGUCCCCCCGCCCGUGACCGCAAGAUGCUCAAGUUCAUCAGCGGGAUCUUCACAAAAAGUACGCCUGCGCCUCCCUGCUCCAACACAGCGCCCCCUAUCUACACGCCCGUUCAGAGGGGUUCUAGUGAGGAGGAAGCGGCUUGCGGUAACAGUCAAGAAUGGACCUUCAGUCGAACCGUCCAAGAGCUCCAUCUGGGGGUGUUGGGAGGUCUCCGCAGUGGGAAGUCAGCCCUGGUCCACAGACACAUGAGCGGGAGCUACCAGCCCCUGGAGAACCCAGAAGGGGGCAGGUAUAAGAAGGAGGUACUUGUUGAUGGCAACAGUCACAUUUUGCUGAUCAGGGAGGAGACAGGACCCCCGGAUGCACAGAUGGCUAGCUGGGUGGACGGGGUCAUCCUGGUCUUUAGUCUGGAGAAUGAGGCCAGUUUCCAGGAAGUGUACAGGAACUACAGCGAGCUUGGCAUCCACCGCAACAUCGCUGAGAUACCCUUCAUAGUGGUAGGAACCCAGGAUAAAAUCACCAGCACCAACCCUCGGGUGAUAGAGGAUGCCAGGGCUAGACAGCUGUGUUCAGACGUCAGGCGCUGUACCUACUACGAGACCUGCGCUACCUACGGCCUCAACGUCAACCGCGUCUUCACCGAGGCUGCCCAGAAGAUCAUGGCAGUGAAGAAGCAGGCAGCUCUACUGGCCUCCUGUAAAUCCCUGCCCAACUCCCCCAGUCACUCUGGAGGCUCUACCCCAGUGUCAGGAGUCUUCCCUGGUCAGGCCAGUAACGGUGGUCAAAGCAGUGACUACUCGUCUUCCCUGCCCUCCACCCCAGUGAUCAGUCAUAAGGAGAUCGGUGGGGCAGUAGGGGGGGAGAGGCUGGGCAGCGCCACCCCAGGGUCUGUCCGCAGUGCCCCCCGGCGACGCACCGGCUCCCGCUUCACGGGCCGUAGGUGCAGUGACUCGGAGAGGAGGAGUACAGACGGUAAGAUAGGAGACCUGGGUAGUGGACGCUCCAUCCCCAUCAAACAGAGCAUCCUGCUGAAGCGCAGUGGGAACUCCCUCAACAAGGAAUGGAAGAAGAAAUACGUCACGCUGUCCAACAACGGCAUGCUCUCUUAUCACUCCAGCGUCAACGACUACAUGCAGAAUGUCCAUGGGAAAGAGAUGGACCUGCUGAGAGUGACUGUGAAGGUGCCAGGGAAACGCCCGCCCCGUGCUGGUGCCGUCCCUUCCUGUGGCCCUCCGCCCGGCCUCAACGGCCUGGUCAAAGACGUCCAGGGGCCUGAGGGGGCCAGCGCGGACUCUGCCAUCGGGGGGGUGUCCAGACCCUCCUCCUAUAAAGAUACAGGCCCAGCCUCCCCAAUGGUUGACAGGAAGAAGCAUCGCAGGAAGAAGAGCAUGAACCAGAAAGGAGACGUAGCCAUUGGCCAAGCAGAUGCAAAGCGCAAAAUGUGGAAACUAAAAAGCUUUGGUAGCUUAAGAAACAUAAACAAGACAGACGAGGAUAACUUUGACUUUCUGAUCGUGUCGAGCACGGGCCAGACUUGGCACUUCGAGGCCCAGAGUGUGGAGGAGAGGGACUCCUGGGUAACGGCCAUCGAGAGCCAGAUCCUGGCCAGCCUGCAGCUGUGUGAGAGCAGCAAGAACAAGGCUCGUAAGAACAGCCAGAGUGAAGCUGUGGCACUGCAGGCUAUCCGUAACGCCAAGGGCAACAGUCUCUGUGUGGACUGUGAAGCACCUAACCCAACAUGGGCCAGUCUGAACCUGGGGGCUCUGAUCUGCAUUGAGUGUUCAGGAAUCCACAGGAACCUGGGCACCCACCUGUCCCGUGUCCGCUCUCUGGACCUGGACGACCUUCCCAGAGAACUCACCCUGGUACUGGGUGCCAUCGGCAACCACCUGGCCAACAGCAUCUGGGAGGGACGUACGCUGGGCCGCCGAAAACCCACGCCCGACGCCACCCGAGAGGAGCGGGAGUCAUGGAUCCGGGCCAAGUACGAGCAGAGGUUGUUUGUGGCUCCGCUGGCCCUGCCCUCCCCCGGUCAGGGGUUAGAGAUCAACACGCUGUCAGCCAGUCUGCUGGCGGCCGUGAUGGAGAGGGACCUCCCCCGCCUGCUCCUUCUCCUGGCCCAUAGCACCAAGGAUGACAUCAAUGCCCCCCUUCCCCCAGGGGGUCACCUCUCUCCACCCCCCCCUGCUGCCUCCCCUAGCCCUCCCCUGGAGGGCUCCCUCCGGCCGCCUUGCUCCGCGCUGCACGCCGCCUGCCAGCUCGCCGACGUGGUCAUGACCCAGCUGCUCGUCUGGUAUGGCAGUGAUGUGAGGUGUCGGGACGCCCAGGGGCAGACGGCCGUCACGUUGGCACGUUAUGCUGGCAGUCAGGAGUGUGCCGACAUCCUCCUGCAGUAUGGCUGCCCCAACGAGCCCGCCCCUUCGGUUGCCACAACACCGAGCCUCUCGGUCGCCACGACACCCAGCCUUUCCCGCAAGAGCAGCGCCGGCAGCCUCAGCCGCAGCAGCUCCAGAAGAGCAGUGUCUUAAUGUGAAGGGGGUUAGAAAACGUGUGUGUGUGUAAGAGAGUAAGAGAGAGGGUGUGUGUGUGUAAGAGAGAGGGGGGAUAUGUGUGUGGGUGGAUGUGUGCGUCAGUGUGUGUUAGAAUGCCGGUGUGUGUGUGUGAGGUUGUGUGGGUGGUGCAUGUGUGUUUGUAACCAUAUGUAUGCCAGGGUGGCUCUAGUUGAAGGGGGAGGCUGUGUCCUCACAGUGUCCUCUAAAAAGGACAAACAGCUAAUACUGUCACCACCGUAAAGCCAGAAAGCAGAGCUCACUCUUACCUGGCUCUGUGUCUGUGUCUGUGUCUGUGUCUGUGUCUGUGUCUGUGUCUGUGUCUGUCUGUGUCUGUGUGUGUGUGUGUGUGUGUGUGUGUGUGUGUGUGUGUGUGUGUGUGUGUGUGUGUGUGUGUGUGUGUGUGUGUGUGUGUGUGUGUGUGUGUGUGUGUGUGUGUGUGUGUGUGUGUGUGUGUGUGUGAGAGAGAGAGGGACUGCUCUACUCAGUGGCUACCUUGUCCCCACUAUGGCGCUGAUUGAUGAUCCACUCUUCCAGGCUCCCCUCACCACCGCUCUGUGGGAACUUUGACCUGUGUGUUACUGCUACACCACCACCCGUGCCCUGCACCUUAGUAACACACAGACAGAAAGACAAAGGGAUAAUGUAAUGACAAGCGCUGGGGCCAAAAUGGUGGCCCAUCCUGUAUGCUGACUUGGGUUCAUGCCCAAUCACAUCUCUCAAACCACAGGGCUGGGAGAGGAAAAUGAACGAGAGGUACAGAACUGCAAUAAUUGAAUUACCAGUGUGAGACAGUGGAUUUGUAGCUUUUUCUCAUCCUACUGUACCUCUAGGUACUUGGAAUCCCAUGAUAACAGACUACAAUAUGAAAACGGGAAGAUGCUUUCCGUUAUCGACUGCAGAAGAUGUAAAUGUCAAAUUGAAUAUGAACAUUUCUCCUGUGCUUCGAUGAUUAGGUUGACGUGAGGUGGAGCAGGUUAACUCAAAAUGCAGCUAAAUCAAUGAAGAUGCUACAUUAUGAUAAAAUUAGUAUGAGGGGGCUCAUUGAAUCCUCUGAACGGCAUUGUACUUACUCAUACAGAAACUUAACAGUGGAGCCAAGACCAACACCAACUGCCAGUGCUGGAACGAACAUAACCACUGUUAAACCUCAUCACUGUACCACAGUCAAACAAAACGGUCAGUUACUGAACAAUGCUCAGCUGAGGUCAAAUUCAAAAGAAAUACUGUCCGACAGAUAAAGGAUUUGUAUUUUAAGAAUUUAGGUCAAAAUAAUAAUUGUAUAGAAAGACAUAUAUGAAAUUGAUAUUAUUACUUUACUUGUCAUAGUUAUCAAUAUUGAGAAGUACUUCAUGUUCAAGAAUGUUAUUGUAUGUUCUGAAGUUUAUAUGGUAGGUUCUUGUUUGUAAUACACAUGGGUUACUCUUAGCUGUUGAGAGAUUCAAAACUGUGACAGAUUUGUUGAUUUAUUUUAUUUGGCAGUCCGCUAUCUACACUCAUGUGAAAAAGUAAGUACGCUCCCUGGAAAGUGGUCUUUUUUUAGUUUGACAUACAGUAUUUGGACACAUGGAUAUCUGAGCUAAAUUUUAACCACAUUCAUUGAUAAAGGUGAUCCAAUUUAACAAAUCACACACAAAAAAAGUUACUUUGAAAAUGUUAUGCAAUUAAAAUAAACAAAAAUGCAGUUUCUUUAAGCAGAAAAAGUUAGUACACCCCUACCAUUACCAUCACAUAAAAUGGCUAAAAUUAGAAUCAGGUGCACCAAAAUAGGUGAAAAUCAUUAGAGAGUAACUUGGGAGGGUCCAGCUUUCCAUAAAGAUUAGAAACUGGUUUGGUCUUAACCGUAUGGGUGUUUGGUAAAACAUCAUGUCAAGAUCAAAAUACCUACCUGAGGCCCUAAGAAGAAAGAUUAUUGAUGCCCAUGAGUCUGGGAGGGGUUACAAAUCCAUUUCCAAGCAAUUUGAAGUACAUCAUUCCACUGUCUGACAGCUCAUCUACAAAUGACCACUGGCAAUCUACCUAGGCCAGAUCGUCCCACCAAAAUCAGCCCAAGAGCUGACCGAAAGAUGUUCAUAGAAGUCUCUAAGAACCCCAGGGUAACAUCAAGGGAUCUACAGGCUUCUCUUGCCACAAUCAAUGUCUAAGUGCAUGAGUCAGCUGUCAGAAAGAGACUGCACAAACUUGGCCUACAUGGGAGGUCAGGAAGGAAGAAGCCUCUGCACUCAAAAAAGAAUAUGAAGACACGGCUGACAUUUUCCAGACAACAUCUGGGUGAAGACCAAAACUACUGGAACAAUGUGCUCUGGACAGAUGAGUCAAAGGUGGAGUUGUUUGGCCGCAAUGCCAGACGCCAUGUUCGGAACACUGCCUUUGAACAGAAGAACCUCAUACCAACCGUAAAGCAUGGAGGCGGUGGCGUUAUGGUUUGGGGCUGCUUCGCUGCCUCAGGGCCUGGACAACUUGCCAUCAUUCAAGAUGAUUCUGAACCGAACAUGCAUCUUGCAACAGAACAAUGAUCCAAAACACACAAGCAAAGCUAUAACAGAAUGACUCAAAAAUAAGAAAUGGAGGGUUAUGGAAUUCCCCCACAGCAUCCUGUCGAAAUGCUGUGGGGGAACUUGAAGCUGGCCGUGCUUGCAAGAAAGCCCUCGAACAUGACAGUUGAAGUAGUACUGUAAAGAAGAGUGGGCAAAAAAUUCCUCGUUGUCGAUGUAAGAGACUAAUAGAUAGUUACAAGAAACAUGAAGUUAUUUCAGCCAAAGGGGGCAACACCAGCUAUUGAAGCUAGGGGUGUACUUGUUUUUUUCUGCACUAUGGAGUUGCAUUUCUGUAAAUUUUUUGAUAAAUAAAACAUUGCAAAGUCUAGUCUUUCAGUGUCAUUUAUUAAAUUAGGUUUCCUUUAUCUGUCAAUUGUGGUGAAGUGACGAUUACAUAUCCAUCUGUCCAAAUAUGUACAACAAAAGACCACUUUCCAGGGAGUGUACUUACUUUUUCCCAUGACUGUAUCUCCAUGACAUCACUUUGAGUUCCAAGAUGGAGACUUGUAAUGUGUGUGCAUAAUGUGUGUUUCAGAAAUUAGAAACAUUGAUUUACUGUGUAGUCAUAUCGAAGAAUAGAGAGAGAGAGAGAGACCCACUAGUGCAGUUGCUCUAUGUCCUAUUUUAGCUGAACAGUGUUACUGCCAGACGCCGUUUUAGUGUGAAACAAAUGAAAUGCCUUCAGUUUGAUUGAAUGUAUUGCAAUUAUUGGUAAGGUUUUGGUGAACUGCCACACCUCUAAAAGAAAAAGGGUUUCAAAACCAAAAGUCGCAGACGUCAUUCUCGAUUAUCAUCCCAACUGUACAAAAUGAUCAUUAGUAAGAGAAAUCAUUGGCCUUGUGCUGAGAAUGUUUUGCUAGUGGCCACAUUAGAGACUAUUAUAAUAAUACCACAAGGACCAUGUUGCUUGAAUAUUGAGACUUACAAGUCUACUCUAGUAUGAUCAUACCGUCUUUUUUUAACUGGAAAUGAAAAUCUCAAUGACUUUGUGUCUGUAAAUAAUGUAAGCUUCUCUUUUUUUGCAGUGUUUUUCUACUCAUGUUCAUGAUUCAUGGCUCAUUCAAGCUAGCUGUCAAUACAAUUACUGUCCAACCUGUGGUGUUUUAUUUAUAGAUUUGGGGGUAUUUCAUAUUUUAAUGUGAAACCUUUAUCUGCUUUAAAAAAGAAGGAAAUAGAAAACAACACCAUACAACAAAGCAACAGAAUAAAAUGUUCAUAAUAUG